AUGGUGUACAUAUACAUCCUGCACAGUGAGGAGACAUUAGAAAAGCACCAAGAGUGUCUGAAGAGGCAAAGGGAUGCAGUGAAAUACAGACUGAAAAAACUGGCUGCACGGCAAUCAGAAAUCACAAAAAAGUCCUCUGUGAUAAGAGAGAAAAUCAUACGGAAGUAUCGAGAGAUCCAGGCGGCCCUGGACGAGGACCUGAGGAUCACCCUGUCCCACCUGGAGAUGGAGGAGCGCGCCGCUGUCUCUGCUCUGGAUGGGCUCAUGGAAAGGAACUGUUCUCUGAUUCAGGAGAUAGAGCAGGACCUGGCCAGACUCACUGUGGCAAUUAUGGCCCAGUCAGACACAGAGCAUGAUACAAUGUCUUUCUUCUCAUUCCCUGAGCAGCGGAACACAGAGACAGUGGACAGAGUGAUGGAUCUGCUGAACAGGACAGACCCCAGCAGUGUGAGCCUGGAUGAAGUUAAAGCUGACCAGAUCCUCAGCCUCACCCACAACAUGCUGCUGUUCAUCAGCUCACAGACCCCUUUAAUCAGGAAACUCACCCACAGUUAUUCCAGCGAGGUGUAUCUGGAUCCAGAGACGUCCCACCCAAAGCUGAUCAUCUCCCCCCAGGGUGACAGUGCCACCUACACCGACACCUGGCAGCAACUCCCGGACCUCCCUGGACGCUUUGACACCACCCUCAAUGUCAUCAGCGUGCAAGGAUUCAGCUGUGGUCGCCAUUACUGGGAGAUUGAUGUGAGUGGGAAGACAUACUGGGAGCUAGGCGUCACUUAUCCCAGCAUUCCCCGAAAGGGCAACACAGAGGACUGCUGGCUGGGCCGGGGGGUUGAGUCCUGGUGCGUGGAGUUCUUUGAUGGGGAGUAUACAGCCUGGCACGGAGGGUUGCCCCAUCAGCUGCCUUUCACAAAACGCUUCAGCCGGAUUGGUGUUCUGUGUAGUUUCCCCGCAGGAUUGGUGACGUUUCUUGAGGCGGAGAACAUGACUCCGCUGUUCUCCUUCUGUGCAGGAACUUUCUCAGACUGCCUCCACCUGGCCGUGUGUCCGGGUCAUGACCACAAGGGCACCAAUGCUAAUCCUAUUGUGAUCUGUAAUGCUUCAUCUCCUACUAGUGAUCAAGGAUGA